GUGUGGGUGAGUGGGUGUGGGUGUGAGGCUCCAGCCGUAUCCAACAAUCCGUUACUUGAUCAUUCGGGUCCAGCACGUGAUCAACACAUGGUGGACGCCGCUCAUAAACUACCAUCUCAAAUCACAACAAGCCGUCAGACGCAUAACAUAACUUUUUUUUCUAUACAUCCGUAUAACCGAAAUGGAAGUAAUUGACGUGAUCGUCGUUAAGAACCCAGCACUGCACAGCGAGCAGGCGACAUUCGACGCCAACGGUCUUCGGGCCGCGGCGGACUUGCGGUGGCACGAGGAAGAGAAGGAGGCGGCUGCCGGAGCCCCGCCAAUGGAUGCAGGCAACACCCACGCGAUACCCGAACACAACGGCGAGGCGAUGCUCCCCGGUGCCCGCCUCGUUGCCGACACGGGCCCCCAAACUGACACGCUUCUGUGUAAGGCGCCUCUGGCUGAGGAAGAGGCCAUGGACACGGAUGACGAAGAGGAAGAGGACGCUCAUUGCCAGAGCGGGCCCCUUCCGGGCACUGGGGGCCUAGUGGUCGUAAAGGAGGUGGUGAUCACCGAGGUGGUGCUGCCCCCCGAGGACGCGGUGACCCAAAAUAAGGGGGUGACCGCAGAGGUUGUGAUGGCCCCGAAGGAGGGGGUGACCCCCGGUGAGGCGACCCCCCCCAAACAGACGGCAACCAUCUCAGAGGAGUUGCUGACUGUUCCGGUGGAGAUGGUGACCAUUUCAGAGGAAGGGAAAACUGUUCGGAACGAGACGCUGACCAUUCGAAAGAAAGGGGUGACUAUUCGAAAGAAAGGCGUGACGGUUCCAAAGAUGGUGACUCGCUCAAAACAGCUGGUGACUCUCUCUGAGGAAGUGGUGACCGUUCCAAUGGCGGUAGUUACAGUCACAGCUGAAAGGAGGACUUUUACAAAUGAGAUGUUGAGUAUUCGGAAGAAGGUGGUGGCUGUCCAGCAGGGGGAGGUGACUAUCGCAGAGGAGAGGUUGACUAUCCCAGAAGAGGGGGGGACUAUCCCAGAGGAGGGGGUGACUUUCCCAAAGGAGGUGGUGACUAUCCCAAAGGAGGGGAUAACUAUCCCAAAGGAAAGGGUGACUAUCCCAAGGGAGAGGGUGACUAUCCCAAAGGAGGGGGUGACUAUCCCAAAGGAAGUGGUGAAUAUCUCAAAGGAAGUGGUAGCUAUCCCACAGGAAGUGGUGACUAUCCCAAAGGAAGUGGUGACUAUCCCAAAGGAAGUGGUGACUAUCCCAAAGGAAGUGGUAACUAUCCCAAAGGAAGUGGUAACUAUCCCAAAGGAAGUGGUAACUAUCCCAAAAGAAGUGGUGACUAUCCCAAAGGAAGUGGUAACUAUCCCAAAGGAAGUGUUAACUAUCCCAAAGGAAGUGUUAACUAUCCCAAAGGAGGUGGUGACUAUCCCACAGGAUGUGGUGACUAUCCCAAAGGAGGUGGUGACUAUCCCAAAGGAAGUGGUAAUUAUCCCAAAGGAGAGGGUGACUAUCCCAAAGGAGAGGGUGACAAUCCCAAAGGAAGUGAUGACUAUCCCAAAGGAAGUGAUGACUAUCUCAAAGGAAGUGGUACCUAUCCCAAAGGAAGUGGUGACUAUCCCAAAGGAAGUGGUGACUAUCCCAAAGGAAGUGGUGACUAUCCCAAAGGAAGUGGUAACUAUCCCAAAGGAAGUGGCGACUAUCCCAAAGGAAGUGGUGACUAUCCCAGAGGAGGAGGGUACUAUCCCAAAGGAAGUGGUGACUAUCCCAAAGGAAGUGGUGACUAUCCCAAAGGAAGUGGUCACUAUCCCAAAGGAAGUGGUGACUAUCCCAAAGGAAGUGGUAACUAUCCCAAAAGAAGUGGUGACUAUCCCAAAGGAAGUGGUGACUAUCCCAAAAGAAGUGGUGACUAUCCCAAAGGAAGUAGUAACUAUCCCAAAAGAAGUGGUGACUAUCCCAAAGGAAGUUUUAGCUAUCCCAAAAGAAGUGGUGACUAUCCCAAAGGAAGUGGUAACUAUCCCAUAAGAAGUGGUGACUAUCCCAAAGGAAGUGGUGACUAUCCCAGAGGAUGUGGUAACUAUCCCAAAGGAAGUGGUAACUAUCCCAAAGGAAGUGGUGACUAUCCCAAAGGAAGUGGUGACUAUCCCAGAGGAGGGGGGUACUAUCCCAAAGGAAGUGGUGACUAUCCCAAAGGAAGUGGUGACUAUCCCAAAGGAAGUGGUCACUAUCCCAAAGGAGGUGGUCACUAUCCCAAAGGAGGGGGGUACUAUCCCAAAGGAAGUGGUGACUAUCCCACACGAAGAGGUGACUAUUCCAAAGGAGGGAAUUACUAUCUCAGAGGAGGUGGUGACUAUCCCAAAGGAGAGGGUUACUAUCCCAGAGGAGUGGGUUACUAUCCCAGAGGAGGGGGUGACUUUUCCAAAGGAGGGGGUUACUAUCCCAGAGGAAGGGGUGACUAUCCCAAAGGAGGGGGUGACUAUCCCAAAGGAGGUAGUGUCCAGCCCAGAGGGGGUGGUGACUAUCCCAGAAGAGGUGCUGACUAGCCCAGAGGACCCAGUGGCCUUCCCAGAGGAUAGCAUGGCCAUCCCAGGACAGGUGCUGGCCACCGCCAGUGAGACACACCCCUCUUCUUCACAUUGUGACGACGUUAUGCCCAGACGACAAAAUCCUCCCCCUAUGGAUGACGUUGAUUUGAUUUACGAAGUUCAGACACAGUUCAGAAAGACCCGAGAAGCCAGCGAUGAACCUCAGCCAAUCUGCCGAGUCGAGUCACUCUACGAAGACUUCCUGCAACCUGAGGGGCAAAAUCCUCCCCCUAUGGGUCACAUCCAGUUGAUUUACGAAAUACAGACGCAGUUCAAAGAGAUACACGGAACCUGCGACGCGUCUCAGUGGGUCUUGGUACACCAGUCAGUUGUCAAAGACUUGGAGGCCAUCUUUGAGGAAGUAAACUCCAUCCAGAACGUUGUUCAGUCCCUGUGGCAGGAAGCUCAAGUGAUGUCUGAAGUGAUCUACCCGCUGUGCCAAAACAUCGACGCCAUCUGGGAGGAGGUUCAGGCCCUCUGUAGGGACGUGGAGCCGGUCUGGCAACACUUACAGGCCAUCAGGAAGGAAGUUGUCUCCUGUCGCGGCAGGGAGACUGAUCAAGUGGUCAGGAGGCUGUUGAAGGAGGUUCGGCCAGUUUGGAAAGAAGCAAGACUGAUUCGCGACAUUGUUAAGCAGAUUAGGGAAGAAGUUUGAUGGAUUAGAGAGGACGUCCAGCCCGAGUGUGAGGAGGUCCAGCCUGUGGUAAGACUCAAAGUGAUCGAACACUCCGAACCGCUCCCUGUGUACUUUUCUCCUCCUGCCGAGGGAUCUGACGCGGCUGGGGACGAUAAUGCCGAGGAGUAAGGAAGAGGCGCAUGCUGAGUUAC